CACAGUAUGUCUUAUUACACACUCUUGCAGUCCUGCCAACUUGAUGGAAUAGGUCACCCAAAAAUAUUCAUGAGGAAUAUAUUCAAGCCAACAUAAAACAGUAAUUAGAGCAAGCGAACGAUCAUCAUACUGAGUGCAAUCCAAAAUUACCUGCACUUCAGAAAGCAGAGGAUGGAAAUUAUUGCUGACGACCAGCAAAGUUUUCGGUCUUAUAAGGACCGAGUCAAGGCAUACACAAGAGAAAUAAAGGAAGCUGAGAAAAAAAGUGAGAAACUGACCACCAUACCGCCGGAGCAGCAAGCAGAGGAUAAAGAGCUGGACGCCGCUGUGGCAGAGCUGAAAGCUAGCGUGCAGCACCAGUACCAGGAUGUGAACGCAGUGAAUGAAACGGUUUCACAGUGCAAGACUGAAAUUGCUGAGAUGUCACAGAAACUGACUCAAAGGUAUGUGGGUUUGGCCACACUGAAGGAUGAGCUGGUCAGUCUCAAGUCUCACAUUGUGGAGUCACCCGAAGAACUAAGAAAUGAGAUGGAAAGGAUGAAAGAGAACGUGAAGAACAUUAGGAUGUCAAAA